AAAUGAGCGGAAAUAUUAGAGUUAACUAGUAUAUUUCCAUAAUAAAACAUUCAAGGAGUCUCAGUACUCUCAGAGGGUAGAGAGGAUUGGAAACCGAUAUUCAUACUCUCAAAAUGCUAAUACAACAUUCGGUUGAGGAUUAGCUAAUCAUGCACAAUUUAUAAAACUCCCUCUUUAGAUAGGAUAAAGCGACAGGCACUCAUUAAUUUAGAACUAGGCUAGAUAGUAAACCAAUGAUUCAGAAACUCAUGCUCAAAGAUACCAGAAAUACGAUUAACUAAACUCUAACCUAUAAUCUUAAACUUCCAAUUCGAUGAAUGUGAGAAUAUUGAAGUAGUUUACUUUCACAUUGUAAGUAUGUAAC